AUGAGGCAGCACAUGGCGAGAUAUUUGGCGGAGCAACGGAGCUUGAUGCGACGGGGAUAUUAUGCCUCGUUGUCCCGGAGCCAGCGACGAGCGAAUCGGCUCUCGCGUGAUGGCGAAGGGCAACGGAGGGAGGCGUCCCCUGAGCUGCAGCUCCUUGCGUCCCCGCUGAUCUCAUCGGAAGGCGGCAGGUCUGGGAGGACGCGCAGGCGGGGAAACUGGCGGAAGGCCACGCAGGAGGCGGAGCAAGCGGCCGAGGAGGCCAAGGAAAGGGCCCGGCGGGAGGCGGAGGAGCACCACCGGACGUGUGUGCUGAAGAGGUUUGCGUCCAAAUUGCGAGAGAAGGAGCGGCAGAGGGCCGAGGAGAAGAGCCGUGAGGAAGAGGCAAGGCGGGGUGCAGAGGAGGAGGAGGGUCUGUGGCAGCCUUCCGCUCCGACGCCGGAGCCCGAGAGCCGAGGCCAGGCCACGCCGGACGAGGAGGAGGAGGAGCUGUGGCAGCGACGGCCGCGGACCGAGGAAGAGCCUAGGUUCCCCGAAGGAGGACAGGGGCCCCAAGCCUCGUCACAGCAACAGCAACACAGCAGGCGGCGGGAGCAACGGCGAGCGGCCGGCGGCCAGCAGGAGGGAGUCGGCGGCGGCAGCGGAGCCAGCAGUGGAACCAGCAACGCCGGAACGCGCGGAGUCGUCGGCGGCAGGCGGAGCCCAGAGCGGACCAGCAACGGCGAGCGCGGCGGCAGAGUCGGCAGCGGAACCAGCAACGGCGAGCGCGGCGGCAGAGUCGGCGGUGGCAGCGGACACGGCAGCGGAGCCAGCCGCGAGCGCGGCGGCAGAGUCGGCGGCGGCAGCGGAACCAGCGACAGCGAACUCGGCAGCGGCGGGAUGGCCCGCGCCGGAAGCCAGGCGCACAAAUCCGAGGCCGGAGCGGCAGUUGUCGUGUCCGGCGGAGCGGGAGAGACCGCGGGCGCCCAUGCAGCGCCAGGCGUCGUGGCCACAGGCACAGCUAGAGGCGGAGGGCCCACGCUGGCAGCCCGUGAGACGGGAGGAGUGGCCAGGGGCGGUGGAGCGCGUCCUGGCUCGAACGAGGUUCACCUCGAGGCGCAUCAAGCGGCGGGAUCCAGUGAGAGCGAACGUGUCGUGUGCGAACUGAGUACGGCGGACUUGGGCCUAACGCUAGGAGUCGUUGUCGUACCAGUUCUCAGAGCCGACAGUGUCACGCUUGGGGAUUCCGAGGAACGGCGAGUGGGCGAGAAGGACCGAACGUGA